CACCUUCAUCUCCCUGCUGCUCCGUGCCGAGCCCUACGCCCCGACCCGCUGCGGCACCCAGUGCCUGCAGCCCGGCGGCGUGCCGGGCAUCGACAGCGUCUGCGAGCUGGCCGCCCGCCUCCUGUUCAGCGCCAUCGAAUGGGCCAAAGGCAUCCCGUUCUUCCCGGACCUGCAGCUCUCGGACCAGGUCGCCUUGCUGCGUGCGGGUUGGAGCGAGCUCUUCGUGCUCAACGCGGCUCAGUGCUCCAUGCCGCUCCACGCCGCUCCGUUGCUGGCCGCCGCCGGGCUGCACGCUGCGCCCAUGGCCGCCGAGCGCGUCGUCGCCUUCAUGGAUCACAUCCGAGUCCUGCAGGAGCAGGUGGAGAGGCUGAAGGCGCUGCACGUGGAUGCGGCCGAAUACGCCUGCGUGAAGGCCGUGGCGCUCUUCUCGCCCGCGGUGCAGCGGGGCCGCACGGCUCCCACUCCGAGCAGCGCGGUUCUGCACCCCCCGACCCCGGGGGACCCAUCCUGCGCUCCCGGCUCCCUGAGCACCUUCAUCUCCCUGCUGCUCCGUGCCGAGCCCUACGCCCCGACCCGCUGCGGCACCCAGUGCCUGCAGCCCGGCGGCGUGCCGGGCAUCGACAGCGUCUGCGAGCUGGCCGCCCGCCUCCUGUUCAGCGCCAUCGAAUGGGCCAAAGGCAUCCCGUUCUUCCCGGACCUGCAGCUCUCGGACCAGGUCGCCUUGCUGCGUGCGGGUUGGAGCGAGCUCUUCGUGCUCAACGCGGCUCAGUGCUCCAUGCCGCUCCACGCCGCUCCGUUGCUGGCCGCCGCCGGGCUGCACGCUGCGCCCAUGGCCGCCGAGCGCGUCGUCGCCUUCAUGGAUCACAUCCGAGUCCUGCAGGAGCAGGUGGAGAGGCUGAAGGCGCUGCACGUGGAUGCGGCCGAAUACGCCUGCGUGAAGGCCGUGGCGCUCUUCUCGCCCG